AUGUCAGUUGACCCUAUGUUUAACGUGUCCUACGAAAGGCAACAGGCCCAGGACCGGGAAACCAUACGGUCAACCAUCACUGGGGGGACUCCGCCCGUUGCCCAACAUCAAGGUGGAUCCCAGAGCCGUGGUGCAGCACCAAAUGGGUCUCAGGUGUCUGACUCCACAAGGUAUGGAGGGAUGCCACUCCCAUAUGCCGCUGGCACGGAUGGAUACCCAACUGGCCCAACGGCCGUGCCCGCUUCUGGGGGGCCUGCACCACCCCACCUUCCCUGGUCCCUGGUAGGGCCCACCCGCAAUGCCGCCAUCCCUCAUACUCAGCUGGGACUGGUAGCAUUUACUUUGGAGGACGGAUGGGUGCAUAAUUCCAUCGAAUCCCCAGCUCGUCCAAUCUCUGUGGGAACUCGUUUUGCUCGUGUGUAG